AGGAGACGGAAGAGGAACACACUAAAUAUUUCUCAAACAGCACACACAUCACAUUGUUAUUUCCUCUGCAAUCAUGACAACCUCGGGGGGAACUUUUGGCUUCUUCACCGUGCUACUUGCUAUCCUCUGGCUUCCAAAACAUUCAGCAGACCCAGUUCAUCUGAGAGCUCCAAGGAUCAUAAAUGCAGAGUACGGAGGAUCUGUGGCUGUGUCGUGUCAGUACGACCCACAGUACAGAGGCUACACAAAGUACUGGUGCAGGGGGCCAGUAUAUGAGCUGUGUAAGAUUGUUGUUAAAACGCCAAAGAAACGCCACAGUGACAGAUGCUCCAUCGUUGAUGACCGGGAGGCAGGAUUCUUCAAUGUUACUAUGUCGUCCAUUAGACGAAGUGAUGGGGACAUGUACUGGUGCGUUGUUGCCCGGCCUGGAAGGAACAUUUUCACUGGCGUCAAGCUUGUCGUCUCCAACAAAGUGAUGGCACCAACCUGCACAACGCCAAAAAAUGAUUCAGAGCAAAACAACGUAUGGUGGUGGAAGCCUCUUCGAUGGAUCAUCUUUUCUAUAAUGGUGUUUAGUUUAAUAUCAACUCAUAUAGCUGUGUGGAGGAUAAAGAGAGCACACAGUAUAUGUCACAACAGUGUUCCUCAACAAAAUUCCAGUAUUCAUGGGUGAAAGACCAUUAAAGAACAAGUGUGGAUUAUUAACAAAUAUUUCAUUACCAAAAUCCUUCAGUAGUCCACCAAUGUGGGGAUGAAAUCCUCCAUGCUGUGAAAAAUACUUCGAACUUUGGUUUUAAGUCCUGUGCAAAAUAUUGUAUGUGCAAUGUAAUGCAUGUCAACACCUAUUUGUAAAAGUGAACAUUGUCCCUGUGUUGACUGAAAAGCUAUUUCUUAAAGGUGGACGACACGCAGAAAUACUGACAUAAUACAUUUUCACUGAGCAUGCAUUGUGUAUAUGAGACAAACAAUAAAAUGAACACAUUAAAGGCCUACUGAAACCCAAUACUACCGACCACGCAGUCUGAUAGUUUAUAUAUCAAUGAUGAAAUCUUAACAUUGCAACACAUGCCAAUACGGCCGGGUUAACUUAUAAAGUGCAAUUUUAAAUUUCCCGCUAAAC